GGUGUUGGACUUCCGGGCUGCUUUUGCUUGUGCUCACUUUCACUCCGCGUGUGUAAAUCGUUUCUCCAAGGUACACCUCUGCGUGGGUGGCGCUUCCAGGGUCGCGGAGUCUGUGCACUCCCUAGGGGCCAGUGCAACCGGACUGGGGAGUGGCGGACAACCGUAGAUAAACAUGAUCCCAACUGAGCAUCAGCAGGAUGCUGAGCUCCACUUAGGAGAGAAGAUUGUAGCCAUGUUCCCCGUCCAGAUCCAAGCCAGGUUACCAUCAAUAUCAGAGCCUCCCAGAUUCAGCAAGUAUAACCAGGUGGUAAGAGAAGUACCGGGUUGGAAUCGCCCACCAUCAGCUCUUCUUUACCACCCAUAAGUUCCUACAGUCCAGUUUCUCAGAGGUUCCAGCUCCCUUGGAAGAAAGCAGCUUUUGUGAAGUAAGAAGGAGAAAGCCCCAGGAAUAGGAAUCCCACCUUGAAAGCCACACCUCUGACCUCAGACUUCUCAACCACAGCUAUAGAGCAGAGGCAGGAAACUGCUAGAAAGGAGCAGGUCCUAGGUUUGCAUAGUCUUGCAGUAGCCGUUCUUUAUUCUGCUCAGAAUGAGCAUUGCCUCACUAUCACCACAUCCAGAGGGCCUCACCGUGAUGGUGAAAGGUCUGGACCAAGCUUCAGAAAAGAUAGCUGUACAUUCAACCUUCUCUGUACUUUCCCAAAAGGAACAGAAAAAGAACAAAUCCCAGGGAUCAAUUUCAUUUGAGGAUGUGACUGUGAACUUUACCCAGGAGGAGUGGGGUCAACUGGACCCUGACCAGAGGGCCUUGUACAGGGAUGUGAUGUUGGAGAACUAUAGCAUCUUCAUCUCACUGGAAGAAUUGAAAGUUGAUGGCAUGAUAGAGAGCAAAGAAAACCAAGACAGACAUUUAUGGGAAGAUGCAUUUAUCAAUAACAAAAAAGUGAUUACAGAGAAAGAGAAUGUAUUAAGGAAAACAUUUAAUCUGUACAUAGACUCUAUUCCUUCCAGAAAAAUGUCCAGUAAAUGUAAUCUAGAUGGAAUCAGUUUAGAAAAUAUGUUGGAGUUAACCACUAAUAAUAAAACCUAUUCAGGAAAGAAAUCCGAUGAUGCCAAUGGGUAUGAGAAAUUGCCUCCUGAUACUAAUCAUGAGAAAACUCAUACUAGAGAGAAGUUUAAUGAAUUUAAUAAAAAUGAGAGCAUCUUCUAUCAUAAUGAGGAUUUUAUUCAGCGACAAAAGAGUCACACUGUGGAGCAACUGCCUGAAUAUAAUGAAUGCAUUAAAACCUUCCACAAUAAUGCUCUCUUCACUACGCAUAAGGAAACUCACACAGGUGAGAAAUUGUGUGAUUAUAAUGAAUGUGAGACAACUUUCAGGGGUCAGAUAAUUUACUCAAGGAAGAAUCACUAUAAAUUUAAUGAAUGUGGGGAAAGCUGUGAUAAGCCAGUCCUUUGGAAGAAACGUCCUAGAAUCCACAUGGGUGAAGAGUGUGAGAAAUACCACGAGUGUGAUGUAUGUGGGAAAACCUUCCUCCGGAAGUCAAACCUCACAAUACAUCACAGAAUACACACAGGAGAAAAACCCUAUAAAUGUAAUGAAUGUGGGAAAUCCUUUUACCAGAAGUCAACCCUUACCGUACAUCGAAGAACUCAUACAGGAGAGAGACCCUAUGAAUGUGCUAAGUGUGGGAAAAAAUUCUACCAGAACUCAGCCCUCCAUCAGCAUCAAAGGACACACACAGGGGAGAAGCCUUACAAAUGUAGCGAAUGUGGAAAAUCUUUCUCCCAAAAGUCAGACCUGACUGUGCAUCAGAGUUCUCACACAGGAGAAAAACCUUAUAAAUGUAACAAAUGUGACAAAUCCUUUAGUAUAAAGUCAAAACUCACUGUUCACCAGAGAAUACACUCAGGGGAGAAGCCCUAUGAAUGUAGCAACUGUGGGAAAAUGUAUCAUAUGAAGUCAACCCUCAUUAAACAUCAAAGACUUCACACAGGGCAGAAGAUAUAUGAAUGCAGUGAAUGUAGGAAGACCUUCUGUGGGAAGUCAGUUCUCCUUAAACAUCAGAGAACUCAUACAGGGGAGAAACCUUAUGAAUGUGUAGAAUGUAGGAAAACCUUUUCCGAGAAGUCAACCCUCAGUAAACAUCAGAGGAUUCAUACCGGGGAGAAACCCUUUGAAUGUAACAAAUGCGGGAAGUCAUUCUGCCAAAAAUCACAACUCAUUGAACAUCAGAGAAUUCAUACAGGGGAGAAGCCCUUUGAAUGUAAAGAAUGUAGGAGAACAUUUUGCCAGAGGGCAUCCCUCAAUGUACAUCAGAGAACACACACAGGAGAGAGGCCUUAUGAAUGUAACGAAUGUGGAAAAUCUUUUUAUGAUAGUUCAACCCUCACUAAACAUAAGAGGAUUCAUUCAGGGGAGAAGCCCUAUAAAUGUAAUGAAUGUGGGAAGACCUUCAGCCACAAAGCAACUCUCACCACACAUCAGAGAAUACACAGAAGAGGAACACCAUAGAGAUGGAUGGUGAAACCGUGUUGGCCUGACAGAAAGUAUAUCCAAGGAAGUAACCCUGUGGUUGUAAGGAAUGUGGGAAGUCCUACCAGAAGUCAGCCUCCAAUUUACAUCAUAGAGCUAAUGCAGGGGAGAUACCUGGCAAUGUUUUUACCAAACUGGGCACAGAACAAGUCUUUACUUCUCUGCUGCUCUUGCAUCCAAGUGAGAUGGGUGCAGGAGAUCUGGCCAAUGGGCUGUGAGGAUAAUGGUGUAAUUAACUUCUGGUCUGACACAUAAUGGCCUCCAUGGCAAUUCUUUGUAUUCUUUGUUCUCUAUGGAGUAGAGUAGAGUAGAAUGCCUUUUAGAGGGCAGCACUCACUGUGUGUUGGUGAACUCACACGAGAGUAGAAAUCUCUGUUAGCAUCUUGAUGUUUAGAAACCUAAUCCACAAACAAAACUUACUGUAACUGGAGAAAUCAGAGUUAAGAAAUCCUGAGAUUGCAACAAAUUAGAAAAGCCUUUCCAAAAAGGUAUCAUCUCAUUGAACCUCAGGUAAACUAAUAGACUAAAAUUGUAUAAGCACAUGGUUUUCUGAAAGCUUUCAACUAAACAUAUUUUAUUGUAUUUCAGAGAAUUAUUACGGAGGGAAACUGAAUUUAGAAAAUACAGAAAUUUUUUUCUUUAGAAAAAGUUUUUAAGUUGUAACAUAGGAAAUACAGAGGCCAAGUAUAUAUUUUUCACAGUUAGCCCAACUCUGAAUUUAAGAAAGCUGCUGUGAACAGUAAGUUCAUUGUACUUACCACCAUAAAAUCUGUUCAUUAAGAAAACAACCCCAUCUCCAAAUAUCCUGAAAUGUUUACUUGGGGAACCUAAGGAGGUUUGAGUGUGCCAAACCCAAUGUAGAUGUAACCUGGGAACUCUGUGUAUAGUAACAUGCCGUGUAUUGUUCUUUGCCUUUACUUCCUAGUAUUGGCAAUCAUGAUACGGUGCAAGUGUUGGCAGACAUUUUCUGUAAAGGCCAUAUAGUAAAUACUUUCACCUUACAGGCUACAUGUGCCUUCUGUCACUUUUUUUUUUUUCAACCUGUUAAAAAUGUAAAAAAUCAUUCUUAGCUCAUGGGCCAUUGAAAAACAGACUUGGCCGGUUUUAGCUUGUGGACCAUAGUUUGCAGACACCUGAUAUAGCAGUUAAAAGCAUGGACUCUGGAACUAUACUUUCUAGGCUCAGGUCCCAGUUCUGCACAUUAGCUAUGUGGCCUGGGACAAGUCCCUUAACAUUUGUUCCUCGGUUUCCUUUUUUGCAAAAUGAUGAUACUGACAUUACACUACAUGGAGUUCUAGUUAGGACUAGGUAAGUUAAUAAAGUACUAAACUACUGUAUAGAAUUUUACAAGUGUUAGCUGUUAAUAUGACUAGCAACAGAUUUGUUGGGGCUUUUACAGGCUUUUGAUUACCUACUCAGCAGCUGGCCCUCACUCACUCCAUGCCAGUAGACCAGUUAUUUUUGUUUCAUUGUCCACUUCCUCUCUGUAUGAUUUAGGAAAUGAAUGAUGAUUGAUCUAACCUAAUUUUUUCGAGCUUAUUAAGACAUAAUUGACAAAUAAAAUUGUAAAAUAUUUAAAAUGUGUAAUUUAAGUAUACAUUGUAAAAGGAUUCCCCUGUCAAGUUAAUUAACGCAACUGUCACCUCACAUGUAUACCAGCCCCACCCUGCCUUUUUGAUGAGAACAUUUACAUUCCCCUCAGCAAAUUUCAGUUACAUAAUACAGUGUUAUUAACUCAUUAGAUCAUCAUGGCCUAACCUAAUUUUGAAAAAUGUAUCCUGAUUAAUGAUUCAUCUGAAAUAAGCAUCUGACCCAGCUCUGGCCAGUGAAAAACUGAAGAAUGUUCAUUGAAAUAUGGGAAAACAGGAUUCUCCAGUGGUUAACAAACAUUUGAUUUUAAAAAAAAAAAAAGCCCUUUGAUUUUGCUGGAUAUUUUUAUGUCUGGAUGUGAUAUCUGAUUGUACUUUUUGAUCCUGAGCUAGUAUCUGAGGAUGGCAGAACACAAAGCUGGAAAGAGGUUGGGUCGACAGUGUCUUUUGAGCAGGUGAAUCAACCACCCGUCUUUAUAUGAGAUAUAUUUUUUUCUGAUUAUACUAGUUGAGUUGGGAUUUUCUGUUUCUUAGAGCUGAAGAUGGUUUAACCAACUUACAGGCAUACCUUUUUAAAGAGGUAUUAAUUCAAAAAUACUAACGGUCAUCAGCCUCAGGACACGUUCUCAUGAGAAACUGAUUCAGGUAGCCAUUUUUCAACCCUGGAAAUCUCCAUAGAGGGAGCCUAACCAUUAGAAAUAAAGCUAUUUGUCAUUCCAUCAUAUGAAACAAGUGUCUUAAUUCAUUGAGCUUUCAUUGCAUCUAUACGACAAAAGCACUCAGAAAAUCAUUAUCUCAUGUAUGCCUUACAUUUAAAAUAUGUGAAAUAAACAUUAAGUUAAAUUUAAUUGUCCAUUG